UUUUUCAUUCUUGUUGCUACUUUUUUUUGCCGUUCUUUGUUUUAUUUUCCUGUUUUGGGGGAUUUAGGGGCUCAAUGCUUACUUCCCAGUUCGUUUUAUGCUGCUAUUGAUCAUAAAAAAUUGAUCUUGGGUUCUGAUUCUUCCUUGGUUUGGGUUAAUUUGGUGCUCCAGCUUGGUUUUUUUUGAGAAUGUGAAUGUUGUAACUGGAUGUUGGAGUUGGUUGACAGUUGAUUUUUGUUUGAAUUAUGGAGUUUUGGAAUGCCCGGUUUUCUGCAUUUGUGCCCAUUGUUUAUAUAUGUUGCACUCAUAUGUCUUGCAAAAAAAAGUAGUCUUUUUGCAAAUGUGACUUGGGAUUAUCUUGAUGUGUGUAUUGGUAGUGAUCUCUAAUUCUAUAAGUUUAAUGGUUUAUAUAUGCAAACACUUGCACAUUGUAUCUUGUAUCGGUUGGGAUAAAGUUUUGAACUUUGUUGGACUAAAGAAUGUGGGUGUUUUUGUAGCGGGAGAUUGUGUGUUAAUGAGACCAUCCGACUCAGACAAGGUCCCGUAUGUGGCCAAAGUGGAGAAUAUCGAAGCUGACCAUAGGAACAAUGUGAAAGUGCGUGUGAGGUGGUACUACCGCCCUGAGGAAUCCAUCGGGGGCCUCUGGCAGUUCCAUGGCGUGAAGGAGCUCUUCUUGUCCGACCACUUCGACGUGCAGAGUGCUCAGACUAUCGAAGGCAAAUGCAUUGUGCAUAACUUCAAGAAUUACACCAAGCUUGAGAAUGUCGGCACAGAGGAUUACUUUUGUAGGUUUGAGUACAAGGCUGCGACUGGAGGGUUUACUCCUGACCGUGUGGCUGUGUAUUGCAAAUGCGAGAUGCCUUAUAAUCCUGACAAUCUCAUGGUUCAAUGUGAGGGGUGCAAGGACUGGUUUCAUCCUUCGUGUAUGGGAAUGGCCAUUGAAGAAGCGAAGAAAUUGGACCAUUUCUUAUGCUCUGAUUGUUCAUCCGAUGAUGAUGCCAAAAGGUCAUUGAACUCUUUUCCAGUCUCACCUGCUGAUGAGGGAAAGGUGGAGCCGAAGCGCAGAAAGAGGUGACACGUUGGUCCGGAGGCAUCAACGAGGCUGUGCCCAUUUCUUGCAUAGCAGCACAUAGUAGCUCUAGUAUAGUUGUUGUAUCAAGGAAUUGUACAGUGCCCAUUUUUUAGAUGGCUUUUUACACAAUAAGAAAUUAAUCUUUUUCCACUUA